UAUUCGGAGGGCUGUAAACGACAGGCAAUUGUCCUAAAGUGUUAAUCAAUGCGAACGAUCGUAAGUGAGAGUGAUAUUUGCAAUCGAUGUGUAUUCAAUUCAGCGCGGCAUAUCAAGCAAUUUCAUUCGUCAAGGCACAUCGUUUCGCAAUGUAAAUUGAUAUUUAGACUUGCGAUUGAUACAUUGGCGAACGACGCAGCGCAUCGACAUGAAGUUGCCGCAAAUUGUUUUUUCUUAUAGUGUCUUCUAGAAGUGUGUCCAGUAAACACAAGCUAACAGUAACAUAACGUCAAUGUUAUAAUUUUCCACUCAACAAUGUAACUGUAAUACAACAUGCCUUGUACGUAACAGUUAUAUUGUUGAGUGGGAAAUAAUAACAUCAAUGUUACGUUACUGUUACUUUGUGUUUACUGGGUGCUUACAUACUUGGAGAAUGCCGUGUGAAGUCGCGAUGAACGAUUGUGUGUUCCGCAUAAUUUACAUCCGUCAAAAUAAAUAAAAACGUGUCGUGCGUGUGAUGAAUAUCGGGAGUGCCGUACAAAACGAGUGAUUGCCGAUUAUAAUUGGUCACGUUUCUCUGCGACCGGCUCAUAACUACGCGAGUGAGUGUUCAAAACAAUGGCCAGGAAUGAGAUGCAAAAGGUGAUGAAGAAUUACAGGAUCAGAAUUGAGCUGCAGAGAACAGCGGUACAGUUCAUCUACUUCGGUGCAUCGUUUGGUGAGAUUUUUAUCUCGUAAAAGGAUGCUCGCGUUGCGAAAACGGCUACGCUAAAUACGGAUGCGCGGCGAGGGAUGUUAAAAAAUUAAAGAUCCCACAAAAAGCGAAGAACUUGGCAAUGAAAUCGUAUUGAUUGUCAUGCUGACGUGAGGAAGAGUGCGCCAAGAGCGCGAAGAAAAAUGUUAGGCGCGACGGACGCGGAACAAGGUGCGAACAACGGCGUGAUAGUGUCGCAACUCGCGAAUUCGCACACGCCUCAGGACUUCACGGUCUCACGCCUGCUGUCCACGCCAACGCACUCCUUGGAUUGCAGCGAGACCUCUUCCACCGCUGGAAACAGAAGACCCAGGAGAAGCAGGACGACUUUUUCUGCGCAACAGUUGGCCGCGUUGGAGAGGGUGUUCGAGAAGACGCAUUAUCCGGACGCCUUCGUUCGCGAGGAACUGGCGACCAGAGUGUCUUUAUCAGAAGCCAGAGUGCAGGUGUGGUUCCAAAACAGGCGGGCGAAAUUUCGACGGAACGAGCGGAGUUCGGCGAUGAACCGCGGCGUUUCCACGAACAGAGAAAUGGAAACGGCGCUACCCCUGCGCCCUAUCAGGGUGCCGCAUCCUUCGCAGCAUGCGGAGAGCAACGCGGAAUCGGCGCAGAAUACACCUGCUACUCAGGUGACGGCCCAGUACUCUUACGGCGAUUACUGGAGAACGACGCCGCAGCAUUACGCGGCGGUGCAAACCGCCGCAACUGCCAGCUGUCACGGCUUCGCCGCGAACGGCGGCCUCGCUAAUGUCGGUCUAUCACCUUAUCACCAUCAUCAGACCGAUAUCCAUCACGGGCCCCUCGAUGGAACCACCAUGAACAGCCUGAACGCCCUGAGACUGCGAGCACAUCCCUACGGCUCGACGUACCCAGCGAUGCACGCGAGUAUGUGAUAUUAUUCCUGGAAAUCAGACUUUUGGAAUGAGAGUGAUGUGCCUCAAAAGCCCUAAUUCUUGAAAAAAGUCAAAAUUAAGCAUCCUGAUUGAAGUCGGAAGACAUACGGUAAAUAAGUCAUAACUCGAGACUCGUGUAAGUCUCGUGUUAUUUUUUAAGAAAAUAUUUACAAUUUUUUUAAAUUUACAUUUAUCAUUAUUUGGUGAAAGAUAUAAAAAAUCGCACCAAAGUUUUAAUCGAUACUGUUCUUAAUCUCUAUUUGCACAAUUGCAGUGUGAUGAACUUUUGAGAUCUCAAAACACUUUCAUCCAACUCUAAAAAAAAAUAGGUCUUCUCGAAUUAUGAUACAAAUAAUUUUCUUUUUUACGGAACAGCCUUAUUUAAAUUGUUUUAUUCUCGUUCUGAAAAUGCGAUAUGGGCAAAUCGUAUAUCAUGCAUUUCGUAAAAUCGAUUGCGCGCUUCGCUCAAGUCACUGAAACCAAAGAUAAGCUUGUAAAUUCAUGCGAAAGAUCGAAGACGAUCAUCUUCUACUGUGUUAACAAAAUUUCGGGAUAUAUGUGCAAAAUGAUAAUGAUAUCUGACAAAUCAUUACUGUUGACAUAUAAACGUAAAA